AUAUAAAGCAAAGAUCUCUGUAUCCGUGGAGCCAGAUCUGAAAUCAUGUGCAGAGAACCAGCAGAUACAAAUUGUUCCUGUCCAGAAUGGGCAAAGGAUUUGCAGUUAUCCAUUGGUACCUUGAUUCACAAGUUAGAGGCUGGACAUAAUCUACUGGCAACUAGUCUAUACAGAAAGAAAGCAAACAGCAGAAGCUCCAAAAAAGAAGCAAUGAGAAUAACAGAUUCGUUCAGCCAGCUGCUCAGUAGCAAAGAUGGUCUUCUAGCAUUCAGCAAAUUCUUGAAAACAGAAUUCAGCGAAGAGAACCUUGAAUUCUGGAUGGCCUGUGAAGAGUACAGAAAGAUUCAUUCGGAUAAUAAGCUCAGAACCAGAGCCCAAACCAUAUAUCAGGAAUUCCUUCAGAGUGGAGCACCACGAGAGGUCAAUAUUGAUCACCAUACAAGGGAGUUCACACUCCAACAAAUGGCCAUUGCGUCUAAAAACUGUUUUGAUGCAGCCCAAGAACAUACUCGAGUUCUGAUGGAAAAAGACUCAUAUCCUCGUUUUAUUAAAUCCCCUCUCUACAAGGAACUGUUGCAUAAACCCUCUGUAAGAAAAUUGAAGCUGUCCUUCAGAUGAAUACUGAGCAGAAGAGACUAGUAGGUAGCAAAAUUGAAGACCUCAGAAGAGGAUUCCACAGAAUCGGGGGCCAUUGUCAACCCCCUGUGUGUUAGACCAGAAACUGACACACGCGUGAAGUCUAAUUAUUUACCAUCAUCAACAUGGACUUUAAAUACAGGAGAACAGAGAAGAAAUGGAGAUUAAAGCUCUUUGGAUUGUAAUGAAGUGGGAGGACGCACAGUGCCAGUGUGUCUGAUGAGUUUUAAUCCUUGGUAAUUAAUGCAAACAAUUUCUAAAUAUCAACACGCUAAUAGGAGUGUGGCAACAGACUAUCAGACGUUGUUCCGAACAGACGCCAGGCAUUUAGAUAUCAUCUGUCAGCCUAAAACAGUUAUGUUAUUUUAUCAAUAUGUUUGUGUUUAUUUCUAUACCAGUGCUGUUUAUUUUAUUUAAUCCUGAAUUUCGGAUUUUUACUACUGCUUUCAAAUUGGUGGUAUUGUCCUACUUAAGAAUAGCAGAUUUUGUGAUACUACGAGAAGUGCUUAAGGCAAAUCACAAGCCCAAGGGGGUAAAUAUGUAACUUAGAUACUUUGAGCUUCCCUAUACAACACAACAAGAAAAUCCCUGAUUUCGUGGUAACUCAGUGAGGUUUAGUUGAUGAUUACGUAUUCUGAUAGAUGUGGGUACAUUUUGGGAAAUAGAGCAGACAAUAAAAAAAAACCUUACGAGAUGCAAUCUUCCCUUCAAAUAAAUCUUCCAAUUCAUAUCUCAUAUUUAGAUAUCUAAGAAUGCAGGAGGGCUUUAAAACAGUGUACU